AUGAAUAUGAACGAUACCAGUUACAACCCGUCCACAACGUCUUUCGCACACUCCUCCAGGACCGAAGCCGAUAUGGCUGCAGAACCUUUCUUCGAGCCGAAAGACAUUGAGAACCCGUCUGAUCGUAAACUGUUCCCGGUAACAGACCUCGAUAGGGGUCUUGUGGGCUGGGAUGGACAAGAUGAUCGUAACAAUCCACAGAACUUCCCAAACUCGAAGAAAUGGGGUCUGUUGAUGCUUGUCAGCGCCAUCACAUUCAUCUCGCCGCUCGCGUCAAGUAUGUUCUCUCCAGCGGUUAGCUACGUGGCAAAGGAUCUACAUAUCAUGAAUGAGACUUUGCUUUCCUUUAGUGUUAGCAUUUAUUUGCUGGGUUAUGCUGCUGGACCUCUAUUAAUUGCUCCUCUGAGUGAGAUAUAUGGUCGGCGAGUCGUACUCAGCUGUGGCAAUUGGUUCUUCUGCAUCUGGCAGGUCGGCUGUGCACUCGCACCAAACAUCACCACCCUAGUAAUUUGCCGAUUCUUUGCCGGAAUUGGCGGAUCUGCUCCCAUCACACUGGGAGCUGGAGUGAUUGCCGAUCUCUUUCCUGUAGAGAAGCGCGGCAUGGCAACCGCUAUCUGGAGUAUGGGACCGUUACUCGGACCCACCGUCGGACCCAUUGCCGGAGGGUUCAUCGGUGAAACCAUCGGCUGGCGCUGGGUCUUCUGGAUCUUGCUGAUCGCCGGUUUUGUGGUGUCGCUAGGCAUCGAAAUCUUAAACAAGGAAACAUACGCUGUUGUCCUGAUCCGUCGCAAGACAAAGCAUUUGAAUAAGCAGAUGGGUCGCACUGAUCUUCGGAGCGCCUAUACCCCUAACGAGGACAAGGUCUCAGUGGGAGGCGCGCUCAAGCACGGCCUAAGGCGACCGGUCAUUCUAUACCUCAAGUCACCCAUCGUCGCCCUCCUCUCAACCUACCUAGCCGUCGUUUAUGGUCUGCUGUACCUGUUCUUCACGACCAUCACUAGUGUCUUCAUGGAGAAGUAUGGCUGGACAACCGGUGUCUCGGGCCUUGCGUAUCUCGGCAUCGGAAUUGGAUUCAUAAUCGGCCUCGCCGUCAAUGCUCUCACCAGCGACCGCGUCGUGAUGAAGAUGACCAAACGCAACAACGGGAGAUACGAACCUGAAAUGCGUCUCCCAUUGAUGAUCUUUUAUGCAUGCAUCGUGCCUACCAGUUUCUUCUGGUACGGCUGGACCGCCGACAAGGCCGUUUUCUGGCUCGUGCCCAUCAUCGGCAUGGCACCCUUCGGCUUUGGUCUCAUGGGCCUGUACCUCCCAGUACAAACCUAUAUCAUCGACUGCUACCCCGAUUACGCGGCAUCUGCGAACGCAACUCUAACCACCGUCCGAUCCCUGGUUGGCGCUCUCCUACCCUUGGCAGGACCGAAGUUGUUCGCCUCCCUCGGACUCGGCUGGGGAAAUUCGUUGCUGGGAUUCAUUGCGCUUGCAUUUGUUCCCGUGCCGAUUAUUUUCUCCCGCUAUGGACAACGCAUCCGAGAGAAGUUUCCCGUUGAUUUGGAAUGA